AGACUAAAGAUUAAAGUUAAAGCAAAUAAGCUUAAGGAAGAAUAUAUAUCAAGAAUCAAACAACCUCCUCAUCUCCUUUGCCUCCAUUGCUUGAAUUCUUUUGCUCUUUACAUAGAGAGAAUUGUUAAUGAUUCAAUGGUGCUGAUAUAGAAGACAUUAGCAUGGCUUCGAAUCCGGCUACUAAUUGGCCACCUUAUGACAGCUACAGAGACUGUACACAAGGCAUUUGCAGCAUAUAUUGUCCACAAUGGUGCUACAUAAUCUUCCCACCACCUCCCCCCUUUUACAAUGGAGACGACAGCGACACAACGCCAAAUUUCUCCCCUCUCAUCAUAGCAGUGAUUGGAAUUCUUGGAAGCGCGUUUCUACUGGUGAGUUACUACACCAUCAUCUCUAAAUAUUGCAAAAAAGCCAGUGAUGGUGAUCAAGAUCAAAUCCCAAGUAAUGCACUAGAAGUUCAGCCAACUCAAAUAAACGACGGCCAGAUGCAGCCUAAUCAACAAGUUGGAUUGAGCGAGUCUCUCAUCAAGUCCAUCGCAGUAUGCAAGUAUAGAAAAGGUGAUGGACUCAUUGAUGGGGCUGAUUGUGCUGUCUGUUUAAGUGAAUUUCAAGAGAAUGAGAGUCUGAGAUUGUUGCCAAAAUGUAGCCAUGCUUUCCACCUGCCUUGUAUUGAUACCUGGCUAAGGUCUCAUCCAAAUUGUCCGUUGUGUCGUGCCAAUGUGAUAUCCUUUACUCCAUUGUCAUCACAAGGCCACUCCUCUGUCACUCACUAUAAUGUGUCUUCACUUCAAGUGACAAUGUCCAAUGAUCUUGUUCUAGUUCUAGACAACCCUGACAUAAUUCAUAGAAAUGAGGUUUUCGAUGUCAUGGGAAACUCGAGCAAUCAAGAAAAUGAGCUGCAAGCAAAUGCUCAAGAAAUUACAAGAUCAUAUUCGAGAGAAGUGCAACCCUGUCAGAACCAUCCUAUGAUAUCUGAUAUUCUUGCUAGCAGGGAAUAUACAGAGGAUUUGUCAUUGGAAAUCACUGAAUCCCAAGUGGGCAAUUACCCUGUUUCAAAACAGGAAUGUUGUUGAUUUAAGAGUGCAGAGACAAAACAUCUUGCUGUUCUCAAAACGAUCAAACUACAAUAUUGUGCAUAAACUAGAGGUUUACUUUUAUAUUCUGUAUCAGAUGAUAUUUAUCAAACAAAGUGAAAGGAGAAUGUGGAUUGA